CAAUGCUUCAGUGAGUAUGAGCUGAUGCAUGUCAGAAGUCCACAAUUCCAGCUGCAUUCUUCUGAAGUCUGACUGUAGAAAGAUAAUACUGGAGAGAGCUGAGGAACUGUUGUCCUCAACAACUUCAAGUGAACCACGUACUUCUGCGAUCCAGAAUGCCACACAUUUCGGAAUAUGCAUAUUACAAGGUCCAGACACACCUGGAAAACUCGACCAAGUUUCAUAUCCACCAGACACAGAGGCAGCAGGUGAAACAGUACCUGGCACUGGGCACCAAGCUUUCCAAUCAGAGACUUCCCAUUCCUCACUCACAUCCAGGAGAGUCUGUUGGGGCACCUCCUGUUAUGAGAAAUGGUCAUAUCCCUUCUGGCAGUGAAGGUAGUAUGCCUGACAGUCCAGUUACACUGCUGUCCCUAGGAACCAAUCAUGAAAAUGAGAUGGACGAUGUCAUUGAUGAUAUAAUCAGCUUAGAAUCAAGUUGCUUUAAUGAGGAUUCACCCAGCUGUAUGGAGCCAUCUUCUCUAAUACACAACACAUUGCCAUUGUCCAGCAGUAUUUUAGAUGUCUAUGGAGGUGAUCAGGGUAUGAAUGGAAGUAAUAUUGGACUCUCUGGUAGUUCCUGUUCUACUAAUCUUCCAGUGAAAAGGGAAAUUGCAGUUACACAUCAUGGAAAUGCUGAAACACAUGCACUAGUUAAAGAAAGGCAAAAGAAAGAUAAUCACAACUUGAUUGAACGAAGACGAAGAUUCAAUAUCAAUUAUCGUAUUAAAGAGCUUGGUACCUUAAUUCCAAAAUCAAAUGAUCCUGACGUGCGCUGGAAUAAAGGCACCAUUUUGAAAGCAAGUGUGGAGUACAUUAAGUGGCUUCAGAAGGAGCAGCACCGUGUCCGAGAGUUAGAAAACAGGCAAAAGAAACUGGAGCAAGCUAACCGAAGACUGCAGCUGCGGAUUCAGGAGCUUGAAAUGCAAGCUAGAGCUCAUGGUCUGCCCACCAUGUCAUCGGGCCUUAGUCCAAUGGAGCUGGCUGCCCAUCUCGUCAAGCAUGAGUCGUGCCAGGAGGACAGUGGCCCUGAUUAUCUGCAGCAACCAACUUUGCCUCAGAUGUUGAGUGAACUUAAUGAAGGGUCCUAUAGCUAUUUGGACCCUUUGUCACAUUUCACAGACUUAUCCUUCAGUGCUGCUUUGAAACAGGAGAACAGGCUUGAAGAAGUUCUAAUGGACACCACCAUCUCAGUGGGCACAAAUCCUUUGUCUGCGACAUCACCUGGAGCAUCGAAAGGAAGCAGCAGGAGAAGCAGCUUCAGCUCGGAUGAUGAUAAAUUGUGAUCAAUAUAGUGAUUCGCUAAGGGACUCUGAUCAUUUCAUUUAUCAGGAAAAUUAUUAAAACACAGAUGAUUUGCUUAACUACUGAUUCUCUGUGAGCCAUUUGCACAUUGGUAUUUCAAAUCUUCACUGAGGGUUAGAAUCCCUUUCUUUGUAAUGUUUGUUUCAUUCUGGUGCUGCUAAUACUAAUCCUUCAUGAGGAAAAUAAGUUUCCAAUGACCAAGUAGAAACUGUGCAUUUUCAGAAUCAAUAAGAAAUUGCCAAUUGCACAAUUAACAAGGAACAUAAAUGUUCAAAACUCUUCCUUCCUUUAUUUUCAAAUGGCCUAUUAAAUCAUGUACUGCUGUUCCACUAAGCGGGAGAAUUUUAUUUUCUGGGUUAUUUAAGAAAAAGCUUUUGUAUAAAAGCAAUGGUUAGUCAAAUAUUUUUGAGGUAGCAGAAGUAUCUGUCAACACCAAGUCUGAAAAGCACACAUUAAACUAUAUCAUGUACUGUGGUUGUCUUCUUGACCCAUCAGGUUUGUUGUGGAUGCAAAGUGAUUUCAUGAAGGAUCUGAUGGAAACGUAUUUUGCCUAAUACAAAAAAACAUGUUAAAUGUGUGUUCUUAAAAAAACAAAAAUUGAAGUCACAAUUUUUUUUUUUGUCCUAUUUGGUCAAGCUGCAAUCUUUUGCUCUGCGGGCAAGAUUUUUGGUUUGGUUAUUUCUUGCUUAAUGGGGGUGUGGCGCAUUGCUUCCCAUUUUUUUUGUUAUUUAAAAAUAGCAAUUGAGCAAAAGGGAUAUAACUUUUUUUGAAAAUAACUCGAUUGACAUUUCUGUGGUAAUUAAUCCACAGACAUGGGGAAAUUCUAUUGCACGCUUGCCCAUGUUUGGAGUAUAUUCAGUGUACAUAAAUUUGUUAGAAUUACAAUGCAUUAAUGUAGUGCAAAAGGUAGAAGAUACUUCAGCUUUUAAGUUGUUAGAGGUUGCAGAAGAUGGGGAAAAUAGUUCUUUGUUUAUAGAAGUUUACUCAUCUGUGUUACUUCUACAGUUUUCUGUUCCUAUAAUGAUUAGAUUCUAGAGGUUAAAUUUUAAACUUUGGAGUUAACCUAUCUUUCAAUAAUUUCACUGUUCCUGUAAAGCAUUUUCUGUACACAAUAAAAUGCUUUUAUCAGGUGAUAAAACAAAUUUCCCCAGUUUUACUUGUUGGAGCUAUUUAAAAACAAAUUGAACUUCUGAACUUCAUGAAUUUUGUUGCAGAUAGAAAAUGGGGGGGGGGGGUCCAAAAUCAAAUGUUUCUUAACUAACUGAACAACUUGCAACUAACUGCCUCCAGUUGAGUAAAUUAUUGAAUUUAAAGAAUCCCUAGAAACAAGGAACUGAGAGCUAAAGGAAUCUGGAAAAGUGAGGUCAGAGGGAGGCAAUUUCUAAGAAGGGUUUAAAGAAGAAACAGAAGCAAGAGAAGUUGGGGAAAUUCAAAGCUGAAGUCCAAAUUGCCAAUAGAUGUGUUGAUAUAUUUAAAAACAGGAAAAGCCAGAUUUGGAGAAAAGCAAAUUUCAAGCUAUGUUUUGAGAUUGGAGGAAUCUAUGAAUCUAAGGUGGAGUAAGAUUUUUUUUUAAAGGGACCUGAAGAUGAGAAAGGGUAUUUAAUCUAGUAACUUGGAAGCAAGUUGGGUUGGCAAAAAUAGAACAGGGGUGGUGGGUAAGAUGAAGAUUGGAAUAUAAGCAGAAAAGGUUCAAUAAAGCAUUAAUUUAACUGCUGCUAAAAACCUUGUUCCUGCGCAUGAACAAAGUUUUGUAUCUGUGAGAAUACUUUGGUAAACAGGAGUCUGAAACUUGUCUCUAAGUAGAUAUAAUGGUAUUCUGUGUGGGGCAAAGAGAUGACAUCCUUUUUGAUUGCUUAUGUUUGCUUCCCAUUAACAGAAGAUGUACGCAGGAGUAUAUCAUUUGCCCCUUUGUAUCUUGUGAUCUCACAAAUGCUGCUUUUAAUUUUGUUCUCAUCACUUUCCUCAUCCUGUUUCUUAGUAUCAUAAAAUAUCCAUUACUUUUAUUUUUGAAUGCACUCAACAUUUGUACAAUCUAGAGGUUACAAACAAUAGCUGUCCUGCUUUUGUGGUCCAAAAUGGAUGAUCUCUUGUCUGGAUUCAAUGCUGCUUGCUCUUGAACUCUGCUCCCCUUGUUUAGGAAGGCUGUCCUUCCAAGAAAAAAAUCUGGAACUUUUGAAACUAUAAUUAACUAGUUUGGACUGUGUGGGAAUAAUUUUCUCACUUACUGUACUACAGAAUGAGACAAUUGAUUUUCAUAUAGCCAGUCUUAUAUCACAUUGCUUUGUACAUCUUUCUAAUGAAAUAUUUUCACUUGGAGAAUAUUUUUUCAUCUUUAUCCUGUUCUGUAUAAAUGGGUUUACAUUUGUUACAAUGCAGAGAUUGGUUUUGAAAAUGAAGGAAGAGUUGAAGAUUUUUGUCAGGUUUUUAAAUGAGUAGGGCAAGCAUCUUGAACAAGGCUUUUGUCUUAAGUAUUGACAAUCAUUUGUAUUUUUGGCUGAUAGCCUGUAUUCAAGGCUACAAACUAUUUACAAAAAUGUACUGUCAUUGUAUUACAACAUUUGUAUGAAAUAACCCUUUGUAAGAUUUGUACAUUCAUCUUUUUUGGAGAGAUUUUGGUACUGAAUUUUUGUGGAAAAAAUCUGUACAUAGUGUCUGUUUCUGUCACCAGUGCCUCUGAAAUAUUCCUGAAGGUAGUAAAUUCUUCAAAAAUUG